CUUUCAGUCAGCAUUAAAUAAUUUUUUAAUGUAAAAAAAGUAAAUUGAAAAAAUGAAAUCUAUAAGGAAAAUGUUGAAAGUGUGGCGUAAAUUUGUAUCAUUCCUAAAAUCUUGCCGCGACGCGUUGACAGUGGAGGAGCGUACUCCCAAGUCAAAGAAACCGAGGCGUCCGAUGACUGCCCAAAUGGUUCGCAACAAGCGUAAGAAGGAAAAGAAGCGUUCAAAGAUGGCGAAAACUGGGCCGAAAACGAAGCGCACCCAAACAGACCCACGCGCUGAGGUCCUUUGGCUGCAGGAACUGAUGCAAUCUUCCCGGAAGAAGCACAAAUCUCGCAAGGGUGCGCGUUUGGCGCUGAAACUACACCUGAUUCUGUUGAUGGCGGGCCUCACAUUUGGGGUCGUCAACAACAUUGGCGUCUGGAUUGAAGUUGUUGCACACCUCUUUAAUUACACGGAGUAGACGACCUUAGUUCAUAUACACACGAUUACUUUAGGGUAUAGGUAUAGGUAUAGGUAUAGGUAUAGGUAUAGGUAUAGAUAUAGAUAUAGGUAGAUGUAGAGGUAUAGGUAGAGUUAUAGAUAUAGGUUUGGGUAUGGGUAUAGGUAUUGGUAUAGGCAUGGGUAUGGAU